AUGAAGCUUACGGCUGAGAUUGGCAUGAACAACAGUCAUUGCAUGGGUUGUCGCUGUUUCGGUCCUCGAAUGACUAACAUGCCGAAAGCCGUGCACCAAUUUUCAACUGUCGUCGACGUUAUUGUCGCUGAUUGCAACUUCUAUCUGGGGGGCGUGCUGCAGAUGACUCUGCAGGUAACUUCCAACUGUGCGUCAUAUUUCGAUGACCUAAAGCUGUUCUAUUUCUCGGAAAGCCCAUCAUGGCUAAACUUAUCGGCCGCCAUCCUCAAUCCUUUUCAAUCUGAAUUCGGCCUUCUCGAGCUCGAUCUCUCGACGAUGGCAGAUACCAUACGCGAAGAGGCUUCCCUGGAAUACAAACAGGAGGUGGAUGUUGAGAAAAAGGAUGCCUCUCACUUUCGAGUAUGGCUGUCGUCAAGGGCGUCAAUGGAUAUUCAGGAAGCCACGAAAUUCAAAGGCCGGAAGGCGAGAUUGCAAUGUCUCAAGGCUUGCUCGACUUACAACUACCAGGCUGCGUGGAGGAGAGCUCCGAAGGCCGGUACAAGCGCCCGGAUCUUCCACCAGGCUGCCUAUGAGCAGUGGCUUCAAGACUCUGCGUCCAGCGUGUUGUCGUUCACUGGGAUACUGGGAUACUGGGAUCUGGGAUGA